AUGGUGAAAGCACACGUGGAGUGCUCCUCGGAGCUCGUAUGGCAGUGCGUGAAGAAGAACAACGCGUACGUCCGCGCGUCCGUGAACCGAACGCGCAUGUCCGCGGAGAAAGGCAACGUGACCGCGAAGCACGGAUUUAGCAGCUCAGGUAAAACUUAA